GCGGUGUUUUGCCCUGACAAGCUGGGUGCAGAGUACCAGCUGGGGCCCCGCGCUGGAUUCCACUUGAGAGAGAGAGCCUGGUCUCCUCCGUCUCUUCACUUCUCACCCAAGCUCCUGCAUGUCUAAUAUUUAAACAUGUUCAGCUUUGUGGACUCAAGGACUGUUCUGCUACUUGUAGCAUCCCAAGUUGUUUUACUAUCUGUGGUCACAUGUCAGGAUGAAGACGAUCAGGAGGCAGGCGGCUGUAUCCAGGACGGCCAGCAGUAUAAUGAUAAGGAUGUGUGGAAGCCAGAGCCAUGUCGUAUCUGUGUGUGCGACAGCGGAGCGGUUCUGUGUGAUGAAAUAAUCUGCGAGGAGAUCAAAGAGUGUGCCAACCCUAUCAUCCCAUCUGGAGAGUGCUGUCCCAUCUGCCCUGUUGAUGGCAGUGCCCCCAUUGAGACAAUCGGUGCUAAGGGCCAGAAAGGUGAACCAGGAGACAUUGCAGAAAUUGUAGGACCAAGAGGACCACCAGGCCCUAUGGGCCCCUCAGGUGAACAGGGACCACGUGGAGAGGCUGGCGCUAAGGGCGAUAAGGGAAAUCCUGGGCCUCGGGGUAGAGAUGGUGAGCCUGGCACCCCUGGAAACCCUGGUCCCCCUGGACCACCUGGGCCACCAGGGCUUGGAGGCAGCUUUGCUGCUCAGAUGGCUGGAGGUUUUGAUGAGAAGGCUGGAGGUGCUCAGAUGGGUGUGAUGCAAGGACCAAUGGGUCCUAUGGGUCCUCGUGGUCCCCCUGGGCCCAGUGGAGCUCCUGGGCCACAGGGGUUCCAAGGUCCACCUGGAGAAACUGGAGAGCCUGGUCCAGCUGGAGCACUGGGACCCCGUGGACCACCUGGACCUUCUGGGAAACCAGGAAGUGAUGGUGAGGCUGGCAAACCUGGUAAAUCUGGUGAGCGUGGACCUGCAGGGCCUCAGGGAGCUCGUGGAUUCCCUGGAACACCUGGACUUCCUGGAAUCAAAGGACACAGAGGUCAUCCUGGUCUAGAUGGAGCUAAGGGAGAGGAUGGUGCUGCUGGAGCCAAGGGUGAGGCUGGUGCCUCCGGUGAGAAUGGUGCCCCAGGACCCAUGGGCCCACGUGGUCUGCCUGGUGAAAGGGGACGCACUGGAGCUGCUGGAGCUGCAGGUGCACGUGGUAAUGAUGGCUUGCCUGGUCCUGCUGGUCCACCUGGACCUGUUGGUCCUGCUGGAGCUCCCGGAUUCCCAGGAUCCCCAGGAGCCAAGGGAGAAGCUGGCCCUACUGGAUCCCGCGGAGCUGAAGGCCCACAGGGACCCCGUGGUGAAGGUGGUACGCCUGGAUCUCCUGGACCAGCUGGCGCAUCGGGUAACCCUGGUACUGAUGGUAUUCCUGGAGCUAAGGGAUCUUCUGGUGCUCCUGGUAUUGCUGGUGCACCUGGAUUUCCAGGCCCACGUGGCCCACCUGGGCCGCAGGGAGCUACAGGACCUUUGGGGCCAAAAGGACAGUCUGGAGACCCUGGUCUUCCUGGAUUUAAAGGCGAAGCUGGACCUAAGGGAGAACUUGGCCUAGUUGGUCCCCAAGGCCCCCCUGGCCCUGCUGGUGAAGAAGGAAAGAGAGGUGCCAGAGGAGAGCCUGGAGCAGCUGGACCAAAUGGACCUCCAGGAGAGAGAGGAGCCCCUGGUAACCGUGGAUUCCCCGGUCAGGAUGGUCUUGCUGGUGCCAAGGGUGCCCCUGGUGAUCGAGGUGUUCCUGGUGCUGUUGGUCCCAAAGGUGCUACUGGAGAUCCUGGACGCACAGGAGAGCCUGGCCUCCCAGGAGCCAGAGGUCUUACUGGUCGUCCCGGAGAUGCUGGUCCUCAAGGGAAAGUUGGACCCGGUGGAGCCCCGGGUGAGGAUGGUCGCCCCGGCCCACCCGGUCCUCUGGGAGCUCGUGGACAACCAGGAGUUAUGGGAUUCCCUGGACCAAAGGGAGCUAAUGGUGAACCUGGAAAGCCAGGAGAGAAGGGUCUUGUUGGCCGUGUUGGUCUGAGGGGUCUGCCUGGGAAAGAUGGUGAGACUGGUCCUGCUGGACCUCCUGGUCCUGCUGGACCUGCUGGAGAGAGAGGCGAGCAAGGACAACCUGGACCCCCUGGAUUCCAAGGUCUGCCUGGACCUACUGGAGCCCCAGGAGAGUCUGGAAAACCUGGAGACCAAGGUCUUCCUGGUGAAGGUGGAGUCCCUGGUGCUGUUGGACCUAGAGGUGAACGUGGUUUCCCUGGUGAAAGGGGUGGUGCUGGACCUCAGGGUCUUCAGGGACCUCGCGGUCUUCCAGGAACACCUGGAACAGAUGGACCCAAGGGUGCCAUUGGACCAGCUGGUGCACCUGGAACUCAGGGGCCCCCCGGCCUACAGGGUAUGCCUGGAGAGAGAGGAACUGGUGGAAUCCCAGGACCUAAAGGAGACAGAGGAGACAAUGGACAGAAGGGACCUGAAGGAGCACCUGGAAAGGAUGGAGCUAGAGGCUUGACUGGUCCGAUUGGUCCUCCUGGCCCUGCUGGACCCAACGGUGCUAAGGGAGAGACUGGACCUAGUGGGCCAAAUGGUGCUCCUGGUGCUCGUGGAUCUCCUGGUGAUCGUGGUGAAGUUGGACCUCCUGGACCUGCUGGCUUUGCUGGACCUCCUGGUGCAGAUGGACAGCCUGGUGCCAAGGGAGAAGUUGGUGAGGGAGGACAGAAAGGAGAGGCUGGUGCUCCUGGACCACAGGGACCAUCUGGGGCUCCUGGACCUGUGGGACCUACUGGUGUAUCUGGACCUAAAGGAGCUCGUGGUGCUCAGGGAGCUCCUGGUGCCACUGGUUUCCCCGGUAGUGCUGGCAGAGUUGGAGCACCUGGGCCUAAUGGUAAUCCUGGUGCUGUUGGUCCUGCUGGCCCCGCUGGUAAAGAUGGACCAAAGGGUGCCCGUGGUGAUGCCGGCCUAACGGGAAGACAGGGAGACCCUGGACUUCGUGGACCUCCUGGUCCACAAGGAGAGAAAGGAGAAGCGGGAGAGGAUGGGCCACCUGGUUCUGAUGGUCCUGCAGGUCCUCAGGGUCUGGCUGGAUCUCGUGGUAUUGUUGGUUUGCCUGGUCAGCGUGGAGAAAGGGGUUUCCCUGGUCUCCCUGGACCUUCUGGUGAGCCUGGUAAACAGGGCGCUUCUGGUUCAGCUGGUGAUCGCGGACCUCCUGGGCCUGUCGGACCUCCUGGACUUACUGGACCUGCUGGAGAGACUGGCAGAGAGGGUACUCCUGGAUCAGAUGGACCUCCUGGUAGGGAUGGAGCUGUUGGUGUCAAGGGAGAACGUGGUAACACUGGUCCUGCUGGUGCCCCUGGAGCUCCUGGUCCCCCAGGUGCUCCUGGUCCUGUUGGACCGCUUGGCAAGCAGGGAGACAGAGGAGAGGCUGGUGCUCAAGGACCUGCAGGACCCCCCGGAUCUUCUGGUGCUAGAGGAAUAGCUGGACCCCAAGGACCACGUGGAGACAAGGGAGAGGCUGGUGAAGCUGGAGAAAGAGGGCAGAAAGGUCAUCGUGGCUUUACUGGGCUGCAGGGUCUUCCUGGACCUCCUGGUCCUGCUGGAGAUGCUGGAGCUGCUGGACCUGCAGGACCAAGUGGUGCUAAGGGACCAUCUGGACCAGUUGGACCUGCUGGUAAAGAUGGAUCUAAUGGACAGCCUGGUCCUAUUGGACCUCCUGGCCCUCGUGGACGCUCUGGAGAAUCUGGUCCUGCUGGUCCUCCUGGUAACCCUGGACCCCCUGGUCCUCCUGGUCCACCUGGUUCUGGUAUCGACAUGUCUGCUUUCGCUGGUCUAGGUCAGACUGAAAAAUCUCCUGAUCCCCUCAGGUACAUGAGGGCUGAUGAGGCCUCCAGCUCUCUGAGGCAGCACGAUGUUGAGGUUGACUCCACACUCAAGUCCCUCAACAGCCAGAUUGAAAACCUGCGAAGCCCUGAUGGCUCCCAGAAGAACCCAGGUCGCACAUGCAGAGACCUAAAACUGUGCCAUCCUGAGUGGAAAAGUGGCAACUACUGGGUUGACCCCAACCUUGGCAGCACAGCUGAUGCCAUCAAGGCAUUCUGUAACAUGGAGACUGGAGCCACUUGCGUCUACCCAAGCAUCACCACAGUACCUAGGAAGAACUGGUGGACCAGCAAUAGCAAGGACCGCAAGCACAUCUGGUUUGGAGAGACCAUGAAUGGAGGAUUUCAUUUCAGCUAUGCCGAGGAUGGUCCCGCUGCCAACGCUGCCAAUAUCCAGCUAAACUUUUUGAGACUAUUAUAUACUGAGGCAAGCCAGAACCUCACUUACCACUGCAAGAACAGCAUUGCUUACAUGGACCAGACCGCAGGGAACCUGAAGAAGGCUCUGUUGCUACAGGGCUCUAACGAUGUGGAAAUUCGUGCAGAGGGCAAUAGUCGCUUCACAUACAGUGUGUUGGAGGAUGGCUGCAAGACACAUACAGGCCGAUGGGGCAAGACUAUCAUUGAGUACAAAACACAGAAAACCUCUCGUCUGCCAAUCGUAGACAUUGCACCAAUGGACAUCGGAGGAGCAGACCAAGAGUUUGGAGUGGAUGUAGGCGUUGUCUGUUUCUUGUAAAGUGGAGUAUCACAACACCCCCCCCCCCCCAAAAAAAAAAAACAGGAAAUAAAUAAAACUCAACUAUGAAACAUUACACACACUUCAACAAUAAUGAAGACUGGAAAUUAUAAAAGAAAUUGUUCUCACAAACAAAGUGCUCUCCAAGUUGUACUACCUGGAUGUUAGCACUGAAGGGCACCGGCAAUACCUGUACACCACACCAGCAUCCUAUGUCAACCCCACUACCAGAGAUACAGUCAUGUUUCCCAUGGCCCACUGUUGACAGGAAUGAGUCAGAGCCAGGAGGAAGGAGGACCAAGCGAACAAGUUAUGGAAAACAGAAACAUGACUUGAUGUCACUUAUUUAUUGUAUAACCUGAAUGGUCAGAGUUGAGGAAGGACUGGACGGGUUUACUUUGUAAGUAAAACAAGCCCUCUUUCCACUACAUAACAGCUGCACAACAUCUGUCCCAGUCCUACUCCACCUCUCUCCCUGUUUCCCUCCUGACACAUAAAUACAGCAUUUUGAAUACAUGUAGACCUUAAAAAACUCAGUAAAUAAAAUUUAAUUCAGAUGCUCCGGGCCUGUCCAUCAUGAGCAGGAGUAAAAACUUUACUGUGUAUUAUAAUUAGUUGGUUCUAUUGUUGUAAAAGUCUGUGUUUAUAAACAACCAGAUGGCUUUUUUAUAUAUUUCCACAUUAGGUGUGUCUGUCUAUUUGCACACUAACACUUCAUUUGGGACAGAUGUUUCAGUGUCCUGUACUGUCUAUCUGUAGAGGCCCCAGAUCUAAUCUAAAAAAGAAAAUUGAGGGAAAUUUGUUUUGCUUUUUGCAUCCAGAUUGUUCAAAUCUACCUCACUAAAAUCAGUUAAAUCUGAGUUGAUUAAAAUAUUACAAGUGAAUCUGGGGCUAAAUGUCCAUCUUUGCUUUGGGUUGCUCUCUCUUCAGAAGGUGCUAUGAGUUCUGUAAUUCUCCCCCUGAAUGCCCCCCCAACCCUUCAACUGUAUUACCCACUAGCCUCACAAGACACACUCACAGUCCACCCUGGAGAAGGGGCGCAGUUGAGAUUAGACAGAGGAGACAAGGGCUACUCUGAGGCCUGCUCCUAAGUCCAGGACUUCAAAGCAAUUCUGAGGACAGUUCCUUAAGAAAAACAUGCAGGGUGGGUUGUAUGUGUGUGUGUGAGGGCGUGUAAAUGUUUUUAAGUAAUUUUAUUAUGACCAUGAUCAUUUUUGUUUUUUUGUUUCACUUGUAAUUGCUGUAAUUUCAAAAAUAAAAGGAAAACCGAAAAAUGAAAUUGAGUUUUGAAUAAAAACAGAAAUGCUG